GAACCGCCACACUGAAUCAGACCAUUGACAUCUGCAAGCAUUUCACUAACCUCUGCCUGAACGGCCGCUGCAUCCCCACCCCGUCCAGCUACCGCUGCGAGUGCAACAUGGGCUCCAAGCAGGACGUGCGCGGGGAGUGCAUCGAUGUGGACGAGUGCUCCAGCAGCCCCUGUGUGCACGGCGACUGCGUGAACACGCCUGGCUCCUACCACUGCAAGUGCCACGAAGGUUUCCAGAGCACCCCCACAAAGCAGGCGUGCAUCGAUAUCGAUGAGUGCAUCAUGAACGGCGUGAUGUGCAGGAACGGCCGCUGUGUUAACACCGACGGCAGCUUCCAGUGUAUCUGCAACGCUGGCUUUGAGAUCACCCCUGAUGGCAAGAACUGUGUUGAUCAUGAUGAAUGUGCCACGACCAACAUGUGCCUCAACGGGAUGUGUAUCAACGAGGACGGCAGCUUCAAAUGUAUCUGCAAGCCUGGUUUUGUGCUGGCUCCCAACGGGCGGUACUGUGUCGACAUCGACGAGUGCGAGACACCGGGAAUCUGCAUGAACGGCUGGUGCAUCAACACGGAGGGCUCGUUCCGCUGCGAGUGCCUCGGGGGCCUGGCUAUCGGGGUGGACGGACGAGUCUGCGUGGACACCCACAUGCGCAGCACCUGUUACGGAGGCAUUAAAAAGGGCACGUGUGCUCGUCCCUUCCCGGGAGCCGUCACCAAGUCCGAGUGCUGCUGCGCUAACCCAGACCACGGCUUCGGAGAGCCCUGCCAACCCUGUCCGGCCAAAAAUUCCGCGGAAUUCCAGGCACUCUGCAGCAGUGGCAUUGGAAUAACAGCUGAUGGCAGAGACAUCAACGAGUGUGCCCUCAACCCGGACAUCUGCCCCAACGGCAUGUGCGAGAACCUGCGCGGGAGCUACCGCUGCAUCUGCAACCUGGGCUACGAGUCGGAUCCCACGGGCAAGAACUGCGUGGACGUCGACGAGUGCACUGUCAACCGUUUGCUGUGUGACAACGGACUGUGCCGCAACACACCUGGCAGCUACACCUGCACCUGCCCCAAGGGCUUUGUCUUCAGGACUGAGACAGAUACCUGUGAAGAUAUCAAUGAGUGCACCUCUAACCCUUGCGUGAACGGUGUCUGCAGGAACAAUGCUGGCUCCUUCGCUUGCGAGUGCUCGCCAGGCAGCAAGCUGGACCCCAGUGGCACCAUCUGUGUGGACAGCAUGAAAGGGACCUGCUGGCUCAACAUCCAGGACGGGCGUUGCGAGGUGAACAUCAACGGGGCCACGCUGAAGUCGGAGUGCUGCGCUACGCUGGGAGCCGCGUGGGGCAGCCCCUGCGAGCGCUGUGAGAUCGAUACUGCCUGUCCCCGGGGAUAUGCCAGGAUGAAGGGGGUCACGUGUGAAGAUGUGAAUGAGUGCGAGGUCUUCCCUGGCGUGUGCCCAAACGGGCGCUGUGUGAACACGGCUGGCUCCUUUCGGUGCGAGUGUCCAGAAGGACUGACCCUUGACGGCACUGCUAGGACCUGUGUGGACGUGCGUGUGGAACAGUGCUACAUGAAAUGGGAUGAAGACGAGUGUACAGAGCCUCUGCCGGGCAAAUACCGGAUUGAUAUGUGCUGCUGCUCCGUGGGCUCAGCCUGGGGCAUUGACUGUGAAGAAUGCCCCAAGAUCGGCUCCAGCGAGUACAAGGCCAUCUGCCCGCGGGGACCCGGCUUUGCCAACCGAGGAGACGUGCUUUCAGGAAGGCCCUUCUACAAAGAUGUGAAUGAAUGUAAGGUCUUCUCUGGCCUGUGCACCCAUGGGACCUGCCGAAACACCAUUGGCAGCUUCAGGUGUAUCUGUGGCAAUGGCUUUGCUUUGGAUGCUGAAGAAAAGAACCCCACAGACAUCGAUGAGUGCCGCAUCUCACCAGACCUGUGUGGCCAUGGCACCUGUGUCAACACGCCGGGCAGCUUCGAGUGCGAGUGCUUCGAAGGCUACGAGAGCGGCUUCAUGAUGAUGAAGAACUGCAUGGAUAUCAACGAGUGCGAGCGGGACCCGCUGCUGUGCCGAGGUGGGAUCUGCAUGAACACAGACGGCAGCUUUGAGUGCAUCUGCCCCCCUGGGCACGAGCUGACGGCCGAAGGGAACACUUGCGUAGACAUCAACGAAUGCUCCCUCAGUGACAACCUGUGUCGCAACGGACGCUGCGUCAACGUCAUCGGUACCUACCAGUGCGCCUGCGAUUCGGGCUUCCAGGCCACGCUGGACAGGCAAGGCUGUGUCGACAUCGACGAGUGCACCAUAACCAACGGCGGCUGCGACACGCACUGCUCCAACUCGGAGGGCAGCUACGAGUGCAGCUGCAGUGAAGGCUACGCGCUGAUGCCGGACAAGAGGUCAUGUGCAGAUAUUGAUGAAUGUGAGGAUAAUCCCGACAUCUGUGACGGUGGGCAGUGCACUAACAUCCCUGGGGAGUACCGCUGCCUCUGCUUCGACGGCUUCAUGGCAUCCCUGGACAUGAAGACCUGUAUUGAUGUGAACGAAUGUGAUCUCAACCCUAACAUCUGCCUGCACGGCGAGUGCGAAAACACAAAGGGCUCCUUCAUCUGCCACUGCCAGCUGGGCUACUUUGUCAAGAAGGGAACCACAGGCUGCACAGACAUUGAUGAAUGCGAGAUCGGGGCUCACAACUGCGACAUGCACGCCUCCUGCAUCAACGUGCCAGGGAGCUUCAAAUGCAAGUGUCGCACAGGCUGGCUUGGAGACGGGCUGAAGUGCAACGAUCUGGACGAGUGUGCAACUGAAGAGCACAAGUGCAACCUGAAUGCCAACUGCAUCAACACACCAGGCUCCUACCGCUGCGCCUGCCGGGAAGGCUUCAACGGGGAUGGCUUCUCCUGCUCAGAUGUGGACGAGUGUGCAGAAAAUGUGAACCUGUGUGAGAAUGGACAGUGUCUCAAUGCACCUGGGGGUUACCGCUGCGAGUGCGAGAUGGGCUUCAAUCCCACAGAGGACAGCAAGGCGUGCCAGGACAUUGAUGAAUGCACCUUCCAGAACAUCUGUGUCUUUGGGACCUGCCAGAACCUGCCCGGGAUGUUCCGCUGCGCCUGUGAUGAUGGCUAUGAGCUGGACAGGAGUGGAGGCAACUGCACAGACAUCAAUGAGUGUGCAGACCCUGUGAACUGUAUCAACGGCUUGUGUGUCAACACCCCUGGCAGCUACCUCUGCAACUGUCCGCAGGACUUCGAGCUGAACCCCACCGGUGUGGGCUGUGUGGAUACCCGUGUUGGGAAUUGCUUCCUGGACACGCAGGAUCGAGGAGAUGGGGGGAUCUCCUGCAGCGCAGAGAUUGGUGUUGGGGUCACUCGAGCAUCCUGCUGCUGCUCGCUGGGACGUGCCUGGGGCAACCCCUGCGAGCUCUGUCCUCCAGCCAACACAACCGAGUACAAGACUUUGUGCCCUGGAGGAGAAGGUUUCCGGCCAAACCCCAUCACGGUCAUCCUGGAAGGUAAGCCAACUCCUCCCCCAUGUCCCCGCAGCAGGGGCUUGGGUGCUGGGGGAGCCCACCCCCGUAUGGGCACUCUGCCACCCACCCGUACCUUGUGCCCUUCUGCACCUGCGCCCCCUGCUUUGACCUCCAGUCUCCUUUACUUGGCAGAUAUUGAUGAGUGCUCUGCUCACAUCGGGAUCUGCGGCCCUGGGACCUGCUACAACACCCUCGGCAACUACACCUGCGUGUGUCCCCCUGAGUACAUGCAAGUCAACGGAGGAAAUAACUGCAUGGGUAUGGCGUGGUCCAAAUCUGCGGGGAGGAGCGUGUGCUACCGCAACUACAACGACACGUGUGAGAACGAGCUCUCCUUCAACAUGACCAAGAAGAUGUGCUGCUGCUCCUACAACAUUGGCAAGGCCUGGAACAAGCCAUGCGAGCCCUGCCCCACGCCAGCCAGCCCCGAGUACCAGAUCCUCUGUGGGAACCAGGCGCCUGGCUUCAUCAUCGACAUCCACACAGGAAAGCCGAUCGAUAUCGAUGAGUGCAGCGAGAUCCCGGCUAUCUGCACCAACGGCGUCUGCAUCAACCAGAUCGGCAGCUUCAGGUGCGAGUGUCCCAUCGGCUUCAGCUACAACAACAUCCUGCUCAUCUGCGAAGACAUCGACGAGUGCAGCAGUGGGGAGAACCUUUGUCAGCGCAACGCGGACUGCAUCAACAUCCCGGGCAGUUACCGGUGCGAAUGCUCAACUGGAUACAAGCUGUCACCCAGCGGAGCCUGCGUGGGUCGCAACGAAUGCCAGGAGAUCCCCAACGUCUGCAGCCACGGGGACUGUGUUGACCCCGAGGGCAGCUACGUCUGCAUCUGCCACAAUGGCUUCAAGGCCACGGGGGAGCAGACCAUGUGCAUGGACAUUGAUGAGUGUGACCGACAGCCCUGUGGAAACGGGACGUGCAAGAACACGGUUGGCUCCUACAACUGCCUCUGCUUCCCUGGCUUUGAGCUCACGCACAAUAACGACUGCAUGGACAUUGAUGAGUGUUCAUCCCUGGUGGGGCAGGUGUGUCGAAACGGGCAGUGCAUCAACAGCAUCGGCUCCUUCCAGUGCCUGUGCCAAGAGGGGUAUGACCGGACCCCUGAUGGGAAGAACUGUGUGGACAUCAAUGAGUGUGUGAGCCUGCCUGGGACCUGCUCCCCGGGCACCUGCCAGAACCUGGAGGGUUCCUUCCGCUGUAUCUGCCCCCCUGGGUACGAGGUGCAGAACGACAACUGCAUCGAUAUCAAUGAGUGUGAAGAGGAGCCCAACAUCUGCCUUUUCGGGACGUGCACCAACACCCCCGGCAGCUUCCAGUGUGUCUGCCCUCCAGGCUUUGUGCUGUCUGACAACGGCCGACGCUGCUUCGAUACUCGCCAAAGCUUCUGCUUCACUCGCUUUGACAACGGGAAGUGCUCUGUCCCCAAGGCCUUCAACACCACCAAGGCUCGGUGCUGCUGCAGCAAGAUGCCUGGAGAAGGUUGGGGAGACCCGUGUGAGCUGUGCCCGCAGGAGGGGAACGUUGCCUUCCAAGAGCUGUGUCCUUAUGGUCAUGGAGCCAUCCCAGGCCCAGGUGACACCCGAGAAGAUGUUAACGAGUGCUCAGAGAACCUGGGUGUCUGCGUAAAUGGGGCCUGCAUUAACACCGACGGGUCCUUCCGCUGCGAGUGCCCCUUCGGGUACAACCUGGACUACACAGGAGUCAACUGCGUGGAUACCGACGAGUGCUCCAUUGGCAACCCCUGUGGGAACGGCACCUGCACCAACGUGGUGGGAGGCUUCGAGUGCACCUGUGAUGAGGGCUUUGAGCCAGGUCCCAUGAUGACAUGUGAAGAUAUCAAUGAGUGUGCCCUGAACCCCCUGCUCUGUGCUUUCCGCUGCAUCAACACCUUUGGCUCCUACGAGUGCACCUGCCCAUCUGGAUAUGCCCUCCGAGAAGACAGAAGAAUGUGCAGAGAUCUGGAUGAGUGCGCAGAGGGACUGCAUGACUGCGAGUCUCGAGGGAUGCUGUGCAAGAAUCUCAUCGGCACCUUCAUGUGCAUCUGCCCACCAGGAAUGCAGCGCAGGCCUGACGGAGAGGGCUGCACAGAUGAGAACGAGUGUCGCACCAAGCCUGGCAUCUGCCCCAAUGGCCGCUGCAUCAACACGGUGGGAAGUUACCGCUGCGAUUGCAAUGAAGGUUUUGAAGUCAGCCCCUCUGGCACAGAGUGUAUUGACACUCGCCAAGGAUUCUGCUUCACGGAAGUGCUGCAGACCAUGUGCCAGAUGUCCUCCACCAACCGCAACCUGGUCACCAAAUCUGAGUGCUGCUGCAACAGCGGGCGCAGCUGGGGCCCCCAGUGUGAGCUCUGUCCCCUUCCUGGAACUGCCCAGUACAAGAAAAUGUGUCCUCAUGGGCCAGGCUACUCCACUGAUGGGAGAGACAUCGACGAGUGCAAGGUGCUGCCCAACCUCUGCAAGAACGGGCAGUGCAUCAACAGCAUCGGCUCCUUCCGCUGCCACUGCAGGCUGGGGCACACUGCGGCCCUCCCAGGGGCCACUGCGGACAUCACAGGGACAGCCUGCGUGGAUCUGGAUGAGUGUAACCAGUCCCCUAAGCCCUGUAACUUCAUCUGCAAGAACACAGAAGGCAGCUACCAGUGCUCCUGCCCCCGAGGGUACAUUCUGCAAGAAGAUGGGAAGGUCUGCAAAGACUUGGAUGAAUGUUCCACCAAGCAGCACAACUGCCAGUUCCUCUGUGUGAACAUCAUCGGGGGAUUCAAUUGCAAAUGCCCCCCAGGCUUCACUCAGCACCACUCAUCCUGCAUCGACAAUAAUGAAUGCACGGCUCAGCCUUCUCUGUGUGGAGCCAAAGGACAGUGUCUGAACACGCCGGGCAGCUACAACUGCGAGUGCCAGAAAGGAUUCUCCCUGGACAGCUCUGGUGUCAACUGCGAAGAUGUGGACGAGUGCGAUGGAAACCAUCGGUGCCAGCACGGCUGCCAGAACGUGCUCUACCGCUGCGGCUGCCCGCAGGGCUACGUCCAGCACUACCAGUGGAACCAGUGCGUGGAUGAGAACGAAUGCUCCAGCCCCACAACCUGUGGCUCCGCCUCCUGCUACAACACUCUGGGAAGUUUCAAGUGCGUCUGCCCGUCCGGCUUCGAUUUUGACCAAGCCUUUGGUGGGUGCCAGGACGUGGAUGAAUGCUCGGCAGGAGGCAGCCCCUGCAGUUACGGCUGCUCCAACACGGACGGAGGCUAUCUCUGCGGCUGCCCUGGGGGCUACUUCCGAGCAGGACAAGGACACUGCAUUUCUGGCAUGGGUUUCGGGAAAGGUACCUACCUUCCUGCCCCCCAAGAGGAGGAUGAAGACAACCUGCUCUCCCCUGAAACCUGCUAUGAGUGCAAGAUAAACGGCUACCCCAAGAGGGGUCGGCAGCGACGCAGUGUCAAUGGCACCGAGAAGCACCAGGAUCACACUGUGAACUUGGCCAGCAUGGAUGUGGAUGCUCCUCUGUCCAUGACGCUGAACCUCACUGACCUGGCUCACAAGGAGCACAUCCUGGAGCUCCUGCCAGCCGUGGAGCCCCUGGAGAACCGUGUGCGGUACCUGAUCUCCCACGGCAACGAGGAUGGCUACUUCCGCAUCCACCAAAAAGAGGGGCUCAGCUACCUGCACCUCGGCCGCAAGAAAAUCGUGCCUGGCACCUACCUGCUGGAAAUCGUGAGCGUGCCCCUGUACCGCAAGAGGGAACUGCAGAAACUAGAGGCCAAGAACCACCUCAACUACUUAGCAGGGGAGCUGGGCCAAGCACUGAGGAUGAAGCUCCAGCUCCAGCUCUACUAA